UCUAAUUUAUUGAGAUGCACCUGUACACUCACCGGCCACUUUAUUAGGUACACCUAUUCAACUGCUUGGUAACACAAAUUGCUAAUCAGUCAAUCACAUGGCAGCUACUCAAUGCAUUUGGCAUCUAUGUGGUGAAGACGACUUGAAGUUCAAACCGAGCAUCAGAAUGGGGAAGAAAGGAGAUUUAAGUGACUUUGAAUGUGGAAUGGUUGUUGGUGCCAGACGGGCUGUGAAAAAUGCUUCCUGAAAUACAGAGUGAAGCCCAUCGGGGUCUCAGCACAGCCUGAUCCAGAGCCACUGUGUGUCCCAGGACCUGAAGUGGAUCUGGCUGAUGCACAACAGUUGUGUCUCUCAGCUCCAAGUGGUCCAGAGCCUCAAGUGACAACAGACACUCAGGAAACUCAAGUGACAACUGAGUUGUCAAUGUUACACAACCAUUUCCUUGUAAACAUUUUCCAAAUGGAGCUUCACAUGUGGAAAUGUAAAGUGCACUGGACACCUGCCACUGAGGUCUGGCCUAAUGUCUUCAUUGGAAAUGAAGAGACAGCAAUGGACAGAGCCAAACUGAAGGAGAUGGGUAUUAGCCACAUCCUGAACACUGCGGCAUACAAGGAAUACCUGCAAGGAAAGAUCGAUACAAGGGCAGUCAUCACUUACUACGGUGUGCUUGUAAUGGAUGGACACAGGUUUGAUAUCAGCAAGGACUUAUUCCCAGCUUCAGAAUUCAUCCACAAGACCCUGAGUAACACAGAAAAUAAGUUGUUAGUGCACUGCAUAGAUGGUGAUAGCCACUCCGCCACAUUGUUUUCUGGCGUACAUGAUGAUCCCCAAUAAAAAUACAGUUGAAGGAUGCCAUUGACCAUGUCAUAGACAAGAGAUGGAUCAGGCCAAACAGGGACUUCUUGAAGCAGCUGACAAUCCUCGAUUCAAACCUCAAAAGUCAGCCAAUACUAAAGUUAAAAAAAAGAGUACAGCUAAAAAAAACAGAGCAAAGUAAAAAAAAAAAGAGAGCACCGUUUAAAAAAAAGAAUUCUACAGUUAAAAAUACGUACUGUAAAAUCACCUUUGAUCAAAAUAAAACAUUUUGUCUCAAUUAUAUUCAAAUACACUUUAUUUCUUAAGUACUGUGGAUUAGCAUCAUGUUAGUAAAUCAACAGAAAUGCACAAAUAGUACAAAUUUAUUUACAAAAAAAUAAAAGGUGUAAGUGGCUCUCUUCAAAAGAACCCAUUACAGUCAGUUAUAUGCGGUAAAAAAAUUCUGAUUUACACCGAACCUACUUUAGACUACAGGACCAAUGAAUCUGGAACCUCUGGUGCCUUAUUGCAGAAAGCUUCAAGUUGUUAUGCAAAACAACGGACACAUGCAGUGUAGACAUGGUGUAAGAGCUUCCGUAACGCUUAAUGGUAACGAGCAGUCACUCUCUUUAACUCAGAUCAUGACUGUGCUACCUUCUCUCCAAAACAAUAUGACAUUUUGUCUCCACUGACAAAGUGAAUUUAGUGAAUAUUGAUUUGAAUUAAUUUUAGAAAUCACGUUAGUAAUAUGGACUGUCUAAUGUUACAUUAGUAAUCUUAAGUAAUAGCAAUGAUGCUGAAAAUGUCAAUAAAUGAUAAACAAUAAACUUUUCCUAAAGGUCUCAUAAUUGCUACAAUUAGUAAGGAAGGGGUCCUCAUCCUCCACACAAUUUCUCAGUGUCCACAAUGGUCAUCCCUGGCCAGUAAUACCUGGCACACAAUGCGUUCCAGGUUUUAAAUAUCCUCGAACAGCAGUGUGUACUCCUGCUUGGUCUUCACCACUUUCCUUCUUUCAUAGUACAACAUCUGCCAUCUGCAACCAUAAAUUAACCUGGUUAAUUUAUAAAUUAACCUAGUUAAUUUAUAUUAGAUAUUUACCAAAUUCAAAGUACUUCUGGUACAAAAUGCUGACUUUGUCACUAACCUGUGCCUCUCACUCUUUGCAGCAUUUUACCUCAAAUUCUGCCAUUCUGUCUUAUACUGUACAGGGUACAUACACUCUCAGAAAAAAAGGCCUUUUGAAAAGGUACUGCCCCAGUGACCGCUUUUGUACCUUUUUUUCUGAGAGUGUACUUUACACAUAUUUAGUGAACAGAUUCAAACCUUCUCCAUAUAUUUCUUCCAUAAUUACAAUGCUGUCAGACAAAGAAUUCAUGAGCAGACUGAUGGCAAAGCAGGACUUUCUUUAUAAACGUCAAAAAUUCAAAUCAAUCUUACAAGACAGGAAAAAAAAAAACAAGGUAGCUCACUUGGAAACAAAGGGAAAUGACAGUACAGCUGGCACCAAGGUGAAAUGGCACAGAGAGAUGGCAGAUAAAAUAGUGGGCUAAUCCAAGAGCAGAGUCGUCAUCAGCAUCAAAAGAGCAAAUGUACCUUGCAAACCUGGCCAACAAAGUGGACUUUGAAAGAGAAAAACAAACACACGUGAGGAAACAACCACACAGACUAGAUCUAGAGUCCUGAAACUGCUGAAUAUACAGGUACAUCUCAAAAAAUUAGAAUAUCAUAAAAAAGGUCUUUAUUUUUUGUAAUUUAAUUAAAAAAAGUAAACUUUCUUGUAUUUUAGAUUCAUU